GAUCAUCUGACUGACGGUUCGCCCAGUUUUGCAGACUCGGAAGCUAUAUGAAUGUUAUUUUUUCACUUAGUAUUAAAACCUAUGUACCCGAGGCCUUUAAGCGCUACGUAGAAACUUUACAACCCAACGUGCGGUUCUUUUUUUUCUAUUUAGAUGCAAUUUGAGAGAGAAUAAAGGUCGUAAAAUAAGUCCUCUCUGGUCAUUUUGAUAUGGCUUCUAUUCUUGAUGAGUAUGAGGACUCCCAGAACUUCAGGCAAAGUUCUCAGCAGCACAGCCGCCUAACCUCUGCUAACAUCGGGCUAACGCAUUCAGGUUUCGUAAAUGUGAGGCUGGAGGAAGAAAAGCCGAUAUUCAACAAGCAGAGGAUUGACUUCACUCCUCCUGAGAGGAUCAAUCACUUGGUAGUCUGCAACAACCAGCUCUGUAUGAGUCUGGGAAAGGAUACUUUGUUAAGGAUUGACUUGGCAAAACCAGAUCAGCCCAAUCAAACUGAAUUAGGGAGGAAAGAUGACAGCAAAGUGCACAAGCUGUUCUUGGACCCGACAGGCUCCCAUCUGCUGAUCAGCCUGAGCACCAACGAAUGCCUGUACCUCAACAGAAACACCCAGAAGGUGCGCAGUCUGUCCCGAUGGAGAGGCCACCUCAUCGAGAGUGUGGGCUGGAACAAGCUGCUUGGCAACGAGACCAGCACAGGGCCCAUCCUGGUCGGCACCAGCCAAGGGGUUAUUUUUGAGGCAGAGAUUUCUGCAAAUGAGGGCAGCCUGUUUAACACCAACCCAGAUCAGUACUUCAGACAGGUCCAUUCCCUGGAGGAGGAUGGCAGGCCUGCACCAGUCUGCUGCUUGGAGAUUGAGCGAGGCCCAGAAAACAAAUACUUCAUCAUCGCCACCACCCGCAAGCGCCUGUUCCAGUUUGUGGGUAAGGUGGCCGAAGGGUCGGAGCAGCAAGGCUUCAGCACCAUUUUCAAUCAGAACCAGGACCUGCUGCCCAGUUUCCAGGAGUUCCCAGCCAACAUGGGAUACAGCGAGAUUACAUUCUACACAGCAAAACUUAGGAACUUCCCUAAAGCGUUUGCCUGGAUGAUGGGUAAUGGCGUUCUGUACGGUCAGCUGGACUACGUUAGGCCUGAUUCCCUGCUGAGUGAUGUCCAGGUGUGGGAGUACACGCCAGAUGUCGACAUUAUCCAGAACAAACCCAUUUCCAUCGUGCUGACACAGUUCCACUUCUUGCUGCUGCUUCAUGACCGAAUAAAAGCAAUCUGCACCCUGAAUGGAGCAGUGGUGUACGAGGAUGUGUUUCCAGAUAAAUUUGGCCCCCUAAAGAGGAUGAUCAAAGAUCCCAUCGGAGGAUUGGUGUGGAUCUACACAGAGCGGGCAGUUUUCCGAUACCACAUCCAACGCGAGGCCAGGGAUGUCUGGCAGAUGUACAUGAGCAUGAACAAGUUUGAUCUGGCCAAGGAGUACUGCCGCGAUCGGCCAGAGUGCAUGGAUAUGGUGCUAGCUAAGGAGGCUGAGUACUGCUUCCAGAAUAAGAGAUACCUGGAAAGCGCCAAGUGCUAUGCAAUGACACAGAACUACUUUGAAGAGAUAGCGCUCAAGUUCAUCGAAGCCAAGCAAGAAGAGGCACUGAAGGAGUUCUUACUGAAGAAGCUGAACAAUCUAAAACAGACUGAGAGAACGCAGAUCACCUUGCUGGUGACAUGGCUAACAGAACUCUACCUGAACCGCCUGGGGCAGCUGGAGAGCGACGGCAACAUCCUCAUCUUCCAGGAAACCCGAGAAGAGUUCCGCCAGUUUUUAAGCAGCGCGAAGCACAGAGAAUGCCUGUUCAACAACCGCAGCACCAUUUACGACCUGCUGGCCAGCCACGGCAACGUGGACGACAUGGUUUACUUCUCAGUCGUCAUGCAGGACUACGAGAGAGUCAUAUCCCACCACUGUCAGCAUGACAACUUCAGCGCAACCCUUGAUGUGCUCCCCAAGCACUGCGACGAAAAGCUCUUCUACAAAUUCUCGCCUGUCCUCAUGCAGCACAUUCCCAAGAACGUGGUGGACGCAUGGAUUCAGAUGGGCAAUAGGCUGGACCCAAAGAAGCUCAUCCCUGCCCUGAUGAACUACAGCCAGAUGGGCAGCACCCAGCAGAUCAACGAGACCAUCCGCUACAUGGAGUUCUGUGUUUAUGAGCUAAACGUGACCGAGGAGGCCAUUCAUAACUAUCUGCUGUCCCUUUACGCAAAGUACAAGCCCGACUCUCUGUUGCAGUAUCUAAAACAGGCAGGUACUCACCCCAAAGAGAUCUACUAUGAUCUAAAGUAUGCCCUCAGACUGUGUGCUGAGCAUGGCUUCCUUCAGGCCUGCGUGUUGGUUUAUAGAAUCAUGGAGCUGCACGAGGAGGCAGUGGAUCUAGCUUUACAAGUGGACGUAGAUUUGGCCAAGUCCUGUGCAGAUCUGCCUGAGGAUGACGAGGAGAUGAGGAAAAAGCUUUGGCUGAAGAUCGCCAGGCAUGUGGUGCAGGAGGAGAAGGAUGUGAAGAAAGCCAUGAACUGUCUGUCCAGCUGCAACCUGCUCAAGAUUGAAGACAUUCUGCCUUUCUUUCCAGAUUUUGUCACCAUUGACCACUUUAAGGAGGCAAUCUGCAGUUCCCUGGAGGAGUACAACAAGCACAUUGAGGAGCUAAAGCAGGAAAUGGAGGAGGCAACAGAGAGCGCUAAACGAAUCAGGGAAGACAUCCAGGAAAUGAGGAAUAAGUAUGGUGUUGUGGAUUCCCAAGAAAAGUGUGCGGCGUGUGACUUCCCGUUACUCAACAGGCCCUUCUAUUUGUUUCUGUGUGGUCACAUGUUCCAUAACGACUGCCUGUUUCAGGAAGUGACCCCUCACCUGUCAGCCUUUAAGCAGAAUCGCCUGGAAGAGCUCCAGAAAAAGCUGGCUGCUACAACACCUUCUACUAAAUCCCGCAACCGCCCGGCACCCAAGGAGGAGGGGGACACAGCCAGUCUGGGAAAGGGCAUGGGGGCAACGAGUCGUGAGCAGAUAGUAUCCGACAUCGAUGACAUUGUUGCGUCGGAGUGCGCAUACUGUGGCGAACUGAUGAUCAAAUCUAUCGACAAGCCUUUCAUUGAUCCACAGAAAUUUGAACAAGACAAAUCCAGCUGGCUGUGAAGACACUGGUAUGGUAACAUCAAAACAAAUUGCAUUUUUAUGUCUGUUUUAAGAACAAGGAAGCCAAUAAAAACAGAUUCUUGCCUGUUGGUAGUGCCUAUUCUGAUGCACAGAAUCCUUAUUUUGCUGUCAGUUUGUGAACCUGAUGGAAAACCUUUGCACUUUGUACAGAAGUAUUUAAUGAGCAACUGUCAUGAACAGACUGUGUUAUUCAAGACAGUUUAAUAUGAAAUAUUUGCAGUACAUAAUUAACAUACAUGUCUGAUAAUAGCUGUGACUGUCACCACACAAUACCAGUUUGAACUUAGUUGAUUAUUUGCCACUUGAUACCAUAACAUCCACAUUCAUUUGUGUGUUUUGUCUCUCUGGUCUGUUUUCAUUUACUAUUAAAUGUCUGGAAAAUAAACAACUACUUCAUGUUAAAGCCUUU